CAAACGCACUAUAAUUGUCUCCGUCAAGGUUUGACGAUGGGGAAGAAAGUCCAGGUUUAUUGCGGGAAAUUGAGACGUAAUUGCUAACGAUCGAAGAAUAAAAACCCUAAGAAAAAAGGGGUUUUCGUUGAAUUUUACAUGUUCCCCAAUUUCUGUUGAUGUUAAUACUGCCGAUAAAUGGAGUCGCCUGCGGUAGGAAAAUGCAUCCCUCACAAGUCAAAGAAACGAGUAUUUCCAGAGAGUUCUCCGGGCACGGAAUCCAAAGGAGAUGCAUCUUCUUCACCUGUUAAUCGGACGCUGAAAGGCAAGAACACGAUGCAUAAACAAAACGAGGAUACUAUGGUGUCGAUCUUAUCUGGGAUUUCAAAGAAGGUAAAGUCACAUAACAAGGGGAUUAUUAUCUCACCAACUCUUAGUGGCAUAAUUGAGCUAGAUUCAGAGGACUCUGAUUCCUAUAAUGGCAAAGAUUACAUAGAUUUGUCUUCUGAUCACCAUGAUUCCGAAUAUGAGUACCCAACUUUCCAAUCUCAUUUUGAUAACAUAGAUUUUUCCUACCGGAAUGGAAUCCUCCAAUCCAUGGUUUCUGGAUUCUGUCAAGAUCACUUCCUCAACUGGAUUCACACACUCUACACACCCUGAACAUGCAAUGCUUUCCCCAUCAAUGGUAGGGGUAAAACCGUCUUUUGACCCUGUUAAAGUCACAAAAAGAACAUCUGGUUCAAGUAGUUCCACUUGUCCUACUCUACGCUUACAAAAGGGUGCAAUGAAGGUUAAAUCUGUCAAGAAACGGGUCAAAACUCAGCCCCACAAAAUGUCAAUUAAUUCAAGACAAAUUACUCCUAUGGAAGAUGUGAUGUUGGAACAAGAUUCUAGAAAGAUUCAAAAGAGCUCAAAUGUAGAGGAAACUUCCUCUCAAGUUUUGAGAAAGUAUCCGAAUUUUAAGAAGUUUGAUAUUGUUGAGGACUAUUCUGAUCAUCACUAUAAAGGGGCAAAUUCGGAAACAAUACAGCCCCCAAGAAACUGGUCUAAAAAGAUAGAAAAAGAAUGGAGGAUUCUUGAGAAGAACUUGCCUGAUACAAUAUUUGUUAGGGUUUAUGAAUCAAGAAUGGAUCUUUUAAGAGCAGUGAUAAUAGGAGCAGAAGGGACACCAUAUCAUAAUGGUCUUUUUUUCUUUGAUGUUUUCUUCCCUAGCAACUAUCCAUAUGUUCCCCCUAAAGUUUAUUAUCAUUCUGGUGGGUUGAGAAUUAAUCCGAAUCUCUAUGAAGAAGGGAAAGUUUGCUUGAGUCUUUUGAACACGUGGAUUGGUGACAAGAAUGAGAACUGGACACCUGGCGUUUCCACUAUGCUACAAGUUUUGGUAUCUAUACAGGGUUUGAUUUUGAAUGCGAAACCCUAUUUUAAUGAACCUGGAUUUGCAGAUUCAAGUGGCUCUGAUUAUGGAGAAAAUCAAUCGAUUCUAUACAAUGAAAGGACUUUGAUUUAUUCUCUUAAAACUAUGGUUUACACCAUGAAAAAUCCACCCAAGUAUUUUGAGGAUUUGGUGAUUGGGCAUUUUCGUGAUUGUGGGGUUGGUAUUUUGACAAGAUGUAGAGGUUAUGUUAAUGGUGUAGGAGUUGGAUGUGGUGAAGAGAAGGGUUCACGUGGAUUUGGGAAAAAUGUUGAAAAGUAUAUGGGGACACUUGUUGGGGGAUUUAAAGAAAUAGGAGUUGAGAAUGUGGACGAAUUUGUCCCCCAAACUCGAAAUCUAGCACAAAAGAUAAGGGACUUUUUUGGUAUUUAAGAGUGAUAUACUUAUAAUAAUUGUGUAAGUAUAACCCUAGGUUGUGGUCUAUAACCUAAAACAUAGGUUAUAAAGAUUUUAAGUUGUGAGUUUGAGAUUUUUUUUUUUAGCUUUGAGGUCUUUUUUGUAAAUAGGAAGAGACUUUUGGAAAAUGGCAAUUGACUUUUGUAGUUUUGAUGGAAAAUGAUGACUUGGACCAACU